UCAAGAGUUUUUGACAUCGUCUUCUCCACGCGGUCUCCGCUCUUAUACCAACUCUCUGCUCAAUCAAUCCCUUCAGAGAAACCAAUCGUAUAAAACAAAAACCAGAUUAAUCUUCUCGUAAAAAUCGAAAAACCCAGGAAUCUUCGAUCGAAACCCAUAAUCCUCCUCACUUCAUUUCCUUGGAAGGACCAUUCUCGAUGACAAUGUUGCGAGCUCUUGCGCGGCCUGUCGAGCGGUGUUUGGGAUGCCGGUCCGAUGGCGGUGCCUUACUCUGGCAGUCGGACUUGUGUCAGCACGCUGGCGGUGAUUACUCUAUCGCUGUGGUUCAGGCGAACUCAAGCCUUGAGGAUCAGAGUCAGGUGUUUACCUCUGCUUCAGCUACUUAUGUCGGCGUCUACGACGGCCAUGGAGGACCCGAAGCUUCUAGAUUCGUCAACAUGCAUCUCUUCCCUUUUAUGCACAGGUUUUCCAGGGAGGAAGGAGGGUUAUCCGAAGAUGUGAUCAAAAGGGCAUUCAAAGCGACUGAGGAGGAGUUCUGCCAUAUGGUUGAACGGUCCCUGCCGAUGAAACCGCAGAUGGCUACAGUCGGAUCAUGUUGUCUGGUUGGUGCAAUCUCCGAUGGCACACUCUAUGUUGCCAAUCUUGGGGAUUCGAGAGCCGUUCUCGGGAGAAAGGUUUCCGGUGAAAAGACUAAAAGGGUGGUAGCCGAACGGUUAUCCACCGAUCAUAAUGUUGCAGUUGAGGAGGUUAGAAAGGAGGUUAAGGCACUUAACCCUGACGAUUCCCAUAUUGUCGUCUACACACAUGGUGUUUGGAGGAUUAAAGGCAUAAUUCAGGUAUCGAGGUCAAUUGGGGAUGUAUACUUGAAGAAACCUGAGUUUUACAGGGGCCCGAUUUUCCAGCAGCGUGGGCUGGGAAGCCCCGCUCCUCUGCGGAAACCCGCGCUGACAGCUGAACCAUCUGUUCUGGUAAGGAAGAUCAGACCACAGGACUUGUUUCUGAUAUUUGCAUCAGACGGUCUCUGGGAACAGCUGAGUGAUGAAGCAGCCGUAGAAAUUGUUCUUAAAAACCCUAGGGCCGGAAUUGCAAGGAGACUCGUGAAGGCGGCUCUAGAGGAAGCUGCAAGGAAACGGGAAAUGAGAUACGAGGACAUGGCAGAGAUCGAGAGAGGAAUAAGGCGCCAUUUCCACGACGAUAUAAGCGUUAUCGUGGUUUACCUCGACCACCCGAGACCCGGGACCAAGAAGAAGCUCAGGAACGGCGGUGUCAACUCCCCACCGAACAUCCACUCCCUCCGAUCAUAGGAGGCCAAAGAGCAGCGUCUUCCCCACACACUGUCCUGAAUCUUAAGGAGGGCUUUGCUCAAGGUUUGGUGAAAGGGAUGAUGAUAACAAUCUGUCGGAAGAAACAGAAGAACGCAGAAGGAGAAUGGUGGUGAUGGAUCCUGUUCUUGGUGGCGAUUUUAUUUGUUUGUUUGGUUGGUCGGUUGCCUGGGUCGAAUGUUCUUGAGUUCUGUCUUUUGUUGGUUGUCGUCUUAGAAGUUAGUUUAUGGUUGAAUCAGUUGUCGUCCUUUUGAGGAAAUAAUGAAUGUGAUAAGAUGUUAGGUUUUUA